UUUUUCUGUAGGGAGAUUCCCGAAGUCUUCCAUUUUCUGAGAAUGUGAGUGCUGUUCAAAAAUUAGACUUUUCAGAUACAAUGGUGCAACAGAAAUUGGAUGAUAUCAAGGAUCGAAUCAAGAAAGAAAUAAGAAAAGAACUGAAAAUCAAAGAAGGAGCUGAAAAUUUGAGGAAAGUCACAACAGAUAAAAAAAAUUUGGCUUAUGUGGACAACAUUUUGAAAAAAUCAAAUAAAAAGUUAGAAGAACUGCAUCACAAGCUACAGGAACUAAAUGCACAUAUUGUUGUAUCAGAUCCAGAAGAUGUUACAGAUUGCCCAAGGACUCCAGACACUCCCAGUAGUGACCCUCGUUGUUCUACUAGCAAUAAUAGAUUGAUGGCCUUACAAAAACAAUUGGAUAUAGAGCUUAAAGUAAAACAAGGUGCAGAGAACAUGAUACAGAUGUAUUCAAAUGGAUCUUCAAAGGAUCGGAAACUCCAUGGCACAGCUCAGCAACUACUCCAGGACAGCAAGACAAAAAUAGAAGUGAUACGAAUGCAGAUUCUUCAGGCAGUCCAGACCAAUGAAUUGGCAUUUGAUAAUGCAAAACCUGUCAUAAGUCCUCUUGAACUUCGGAUGGAAGAAUUAAGGCACCAUUUUAGGAUAGAGUUUGCAGUAGCAGAAGGUGCAAAGAAUGUAAUGAAAUUACUUGGCUCAGGAAAAGUAACAGACAGAAAAGCACUUUCAGAAGCUCAAGCAAGAUUUAAUGAAUCAAGUCAGAAGUUGGACCUUUUAAAGUAUUCAUUAGAGCAAAGAUUAAAUGAACUUCCCAAGAAUCAUCCCAAAAGCAGUAUCAUUAUUGAAGAGCUUUCACUUGUUGCCUCACCAACACUAAGUCCACGUCAAAGUAUGAUAUCUACACAAAAUCAAUAUAGCACACUAUCCAAACCAGCAGCACUAACAGGUACUUUGGAAGUUCGUCUUAUGGGCUGUCAAGAUAUCCUAGAGAAUGUCCCUGGACGGUCAAAAGCAACAUCAGUUGCACUACCUGGUUGGAGUCCAUGUGAAACCAGAUCAUCUUUCAUGAGCAGAACAAGCAAAAGUAAAAGUGGAAGUAGUCGAAAUCUCCUAAAAACCGAUGACUUAUCCAAUGAUGUGUGCGCAGUUUUGAAGCUAGAUAAUACUGUGGUUGGUCAAACUAGCUGGAAACCCAUUUCCAAUCAGUCAUGGGACCAGAAGUUUACACUGGAACUAGACAGGUCACGUGAACUGGAAAUUUCAGUUUAUUGGCGUGAUUGGCGAUCUCUGUGUGCUGUAAAAUUUCUGAGGUUAGAAGAUUUUUUAGACAACCAACGACAUGGCAUGUGUCUCUAUUUGGAACCACAGGGUACUUUAUUUGCAGAGGUUACCUUUUUUAAUCCAGUUAUCGAAAGAAGACCCAAACUCCAACGACAAAAGAAAAUAUUUUCAAAACAGCAAGGCAAAACAUUUCUCAGAGCUCCUCAAAUGAAUAUUAAUAUUGCCACUUGGGGAAGGCUAGUGAGAAGAGCUAUUCCUACAGUAAAUCAUUCUGGCACCUUCAGUCCUCAAGCACCUGUGCCUGCUACAGUGCCAGUGGUUGAUGUACGCAUCCCUGAGCUAGCACCUCCAGCUAGUGAUUCUGCAAUAACCAAAUUGGACUUUGAUCUUGAAUCUGAACCUCCUCCGGCCCCACCACGUGAUUCUUCCCUUGGAGAAAUUGAUGACUCUGCUGAAUUAAGAGAUUUGGAUGCACCAGGACAGGACUCAGAAACUGUUUUUGAUAUUGAAAAUGACAGAAAUAGUAUACGUCCAAAAUCUCAGUCUGAAUUUGAAUCUGAUAUUCCUCAGUCAGGCCUAGAAUACAGUGGUGUUCGAGAGCUUGAGGAUAGAAGAUCUCAGCAAAUGUUUCAGUUUAAUCUACAAGACUUCAGAUGUUGUGCUGUCUUGGGUAGAGGACAUUUUGGAAAGGUGCUUUUGGCUGAAUAUAAACACACAAAUGAGAUGUUUGCUAUAAAAGCCUUAAAGAAAGGAGACAUUGUAGCUAGAGACGAAGUAGACAGCCUGAUGUGUGAAAAAAGAAUUUUUGAAACUGUGAAUAGUGUAAGGCAUCCAUUUUUGGUGAACCUUUUUGCAUGUUUCCAAACCAAAGAGCAUGUUUGCUUUGUAAUGGAAUAUGCUGCCGGUGGGGACCUAAUGAUGCACAUUCAUACUGAUGUCUUUUCUGAACCAAGAGCUGUAUUUUAUGCUGCAUGUGUAGUUCUUGGGUUGCAGUAUUUACAUGAACACAAAAUUGUUUAUAGAGAUUUGAAAUUGGAUAACUUAUUACUAGAUACAGAGGGCUUUGUGAAAAUUGCUGAUUUUGGUCUUUGCAAAGAAGGAAUGGGAUAUGGAGAUAGAACAAGCACAUUUUGCGGCACUCCUGAAUUUCUCGCCCCGGAAGUAUUAACAGAAACAUCUUAUACAAGGGCUGUAGAUUGGUGGGGCCUUGGUGUACUUAUAUAUGAAAUGCUUGUUGGAGAGUCUCCCUUUCCUGGUGAUGAUGAAGAGGAGGUUUUUGACAGUAUUGUAAAUGAUGAAGUAAGGUAUCCAAGGUUCUUAUCUACAGAAUCCAUUUCGAUAAUGAGAAGGCUAUUAAGAAGAAAUCCUGAGCGGCGCCUUGGAGCUGGUGAGAAAGAUGCAGAGGAUGUAAAAAAACACCCAUUUUUCCGGCUAAUUGAUUGGAAUGCUCUGAUGGACAAAAAAGUAAAGCCGCCAUUUGUACCUACCAUUAGAGGCCGGGAAGAUGUUAGUAACUUUGAUGAUGAAUUUACCUCAGAAGCACCUACUCUGACUCCACCUCGAGAACCAAGGAUACUUUCAGAAGAAGAGCAAGAAAUGUUCAGAGACUUCGACUACAUUGCUGAUUGGUGUUGAUUCCCUAGACACUGUGAAACCCAGCAGACUGGCUACAAGAUGACCUCUUACAAAUAGCAACUCUUCAUUUGCUCUCUGUGCCACCAGUAGCUUCUGAGUCUGUUUUUUUUUAAACACAUGAAGAUUUGUUUUAAAGUACUUCUAAUACCCUCUUGAAAAGUAGCUUCUUGGUGUAUUUUCAAUGUAAAUCUGAUCACUGGAAACAGUUUCAUGGAGUUUAAGCUGAAUGAACAUCGCCCAUGAAAAUCUAUCACAAAUGAAUACUUUUGGAUCGGUAGUCUUUUUUUAAAAAAGUGCUCUUCUGUAGUCCCUAGUUUGGCCAUAUGCCUGCCUUAAAUGGAAGGAAAAUGAACCAGUUAACUUCACUUAGCUGUAUUUUUAAAAUGAAAAAAGGGCUUGGGGACUCUAUUACUAUUCACAUAUAGUAUGAUUCUGUUUGAAUAAGGCAAAUGCUCUUAUUUUUUUAAAGAAAUAACUAAUAUCAAAAAAAGUAGUGGUAGUUUGUGCACAUUUUUAGGCUUUUUUUUUUUUUUUAAAUGAAAUGAUGUUUUGUUUUAUAAAUUUUUUAUAUUUAUUAGGAGAAAAUUUUUAUCACCUUAUCUUUACCAACCAUGUAACAGAACCUCAUAGCUUUCCAACAGAGCUACUUGCCAAACAAUUGUUUGUCUAUUUAACCAUGAUGAAAUGAACAGGAACAACUAAAUAUCAGCAUUUACUUAAAAAUUUAAGAAUGAGAGCUUCUGAUUAUCCUGAACCAAGAUACUGUGUUACCUGUAUGCAUUCCCGAAGUCUAGGCACUCAGUAUGUUCAGUCGUAGCUUCUUCCAAAAUCAGUGAACUGAUUACUGCUUCUUUUGAUAUUCAGUCUACAUUUAUCAACCUAGUUCAUCUUGUUCUUGUGUCUACUGUAGAAGGGAACUAUAUCUUUGUUAAAACAUAGGGGUUAUCAUUGUAUACAUGCUGUGAACAUGUAUAUGUGCAAGUUGUAAUGUAUUCUGUGUUGUAGGUUUAUUAUUUAAUUUCACCACUUCAUCACUUUUGUACAGUGGCCAAGCAGACACCUCAAACUCCAGCAUUUGUUAAGUGCAUUUGUACAUUUUAGGCCACUGGAUCCAGAUUUUAUAUUGGCAGUUACUAAGGGCAAAAGCAAUAUAUUGUAACAGAAUGUAUAAAUAUUUUUGAUAAAACAGUCUAUAUUUUAUAAAAAUUAUUAUAACACUAAAGCUGUACCUCAAAAGUCUCAAAAAUAAUUUGAUCAAGUACUUUUUACAACUCUUCAGAGGAUCCUUUUGUGGCUUUUUUAAUGCUCUUAUAGGAAAGUCUUUUUGUAAGCCAUGACUUUUCCACUUGCCUGGAGUUUUUUGGGUUUUUUUAUUUGUUCAUUUGUUUUUCCCUUCUAGUCCAUGACUUCAUUGUUUUUCCUUAAUUCAAUAAUAACAUCUUUGAUUCUGUGCUUAGCAUAUUAAGGUCAUCAUACCUCAGGAAUAGCAAGUUGUUAACUAAACAUUCUAGAUUAACCAUUUAAUCACAAUGAUCUCAUGUCUUAAAAAUGGUUCAAGUUUAAAUAUGAGAAACAUGAAAGCACAUUUGUUUGUAGAGAGUUGAGCUAAAAAUAUUUAAAGUAUUUCAGCCUUGACAGAGUAUGUUGGCAUGUUUUUGUUGUACUCUGAAAACAAUUAAAAUUGUUCAGAGAUAAUUCAUAAUUCCUUUCAAAUUGAUUAUUACCCAAGAUUCUUUAGGGAUAAUCUUCUAGAAGGAGCAGUAUGUUGUUUCAAGUCAUUUUUAAGUGCCAGUUAACUUUGGUAAAGGACAAUAGAGGAUCUUAGCUUAAUUGUCUGGCUUUAAUUUAAACAGUAUUAACACAACAUUAAAAAAACACUACAUACUUUUGAGGUACAGUCUGUUCACCUUUUCUGGUUCUCAGAUCUGCAUAAAAAGCAAUGUCUAAAAUAGGCUUUUAGCAUUAAAAACUGACAUAGCAUUUUUGUAACUACACAGUGUACAGAAAUUUUUUUUAAUUGAAGCCAAUCACUAAAAAAAUUAGAGGGCAGGGUAUAUUCACACCAUUAAGCUGAAGAAAGCACUAAUUUUUUCUGUAGUUUUAAAUAUAUAUAUAUUUUAGUCAGAUUUUAAAAUUUUAAACUAUAGAGUGUAAAUAUAUUUUGCUAUUACUGUAUGUGUAAGUGACUGCUUAAGCACUUUGCGAGGAAAUUAGGAUAUUUUAGAAUGGUACACUAUGCAUUCAAAUGAAAUGUGCCUUUAACUAUGUCAUUCUAAGAAAAAAGUGUUUUGCAGUCAUAAAUUACCACAGAUGCACAAAUUAAAGUUUAAAUAGAUUGUAAUUUGUAACUUUGGUUUUAAGUAUUAUUUCUUUUUUGAAACUUCCUGUUGGUCAAAAUAUGCAUUAGCUUUACUAUGUUCAAGAUCUCAAAGACUUUAACUCUAGUUAGCCUUCUUGCAAGUACUGUUUGUCCUAGGGAAGGGCAAAAUCAUGAAGAUUCACAGCAAGUUGUUCUCUUCACUGGUAAUAAUGGGAAAACUGCAUCUUACUCCUGUAAGGUCAGUAGCAUCUUUUAUUCAAUGGAUAUUAAUGGAAUGCCUUGUGUGUGCUAGACACUGAGAAUAGAAAGGUGGAGGGGGGAGUAUCAAUGUCUUCACAAAUAAAGAACAAUAUCAUUAAUGCCAAAAUGUAA